UUCCCUCCCAUUCAUAAAAAAGCCAUUUUCCCAGGCAGUAGUUGCAACACCAAGGCGGAGCGGGGAAAGCUGACAGCGCUGUGCAGGCGUUUCAGGUCGCCGGGAUCAAUGCUGUUUCAUCUGGCUGGGGUUUGCAGGGACAGCCACUGACUUGUUUGGAAUUUAGGAUUAAGUACCUAUGGAGAAAUGCUCCUGACUGGAUUACUUAAAGACCCCUAGAAGCCAAGUUUCUCGAAGCAGUUCUGGACGUCUGGCCCCUAUGGAGCCCCCAAUCCCGCACAGUAUCCCUGUCAGCCCAAGCUCAGUCAUGGUGCAGCCCCUGCUGGACAGCCGCCUCCCAUACGGCCGACUUCAGCACCCACUCACGAUCCUGCCCAUUGACCAGAUGAAGACGACCCACAUAGAAAAUGACUACAUCGACAACCCGGGCCUGGCCCCCGCAGCUGGCUCCAAGCGGCCCCGAGGAGGGUAUCCCGAGCCAGGCCCAGGGCUCUCCCGGUGCGACCAGGAUGUCACCCACCCCUGGAUUUCCUUCAGCGGGAGGCCUAGCUCCAUCAGCAGCAGCAGCAGCACCUCCUCCGACCAGAGGCUCCUGGACCACAUGGCCCCACCCCCUGUGGCGGACCAAGCCUCCCCUCGGGCCGUGCGCAUUCAGCCCAAGGCCAUCCACUGCAAGCCCCUGGACCUGAAAGGGAUGCCUCCGCAAGAGCUGGACAAGCACUUCCUGCUCUGCGAGGCCUGCGGCAAGUGCAAAUGCAAGGAGUGCGCUUCUCCGCGGACUUUGCCUUCCUGCUGGAUCUGUAACCAAGAGUGUCUCUGCUCCGCCCAGAGCCUGGUCAACUACAGCACCUGCAUGUGUCUGGUGAAGGGCGUCUUCUACCACUGCACCAACGAAGAUGACGAGGGCUCCUGCGCCGACCACCCCUGCUCCUGCUCCCACUCAAACUGUUGCGCCCGCUGGUCCUUCAUGGGGGCCCUGUCUCUGGUGCUGCCCUGCCUGCUCUGCUACCUGCCGGCCACGGGCUGUGUGAAGCUGGCCCAGCGGGGCUACGACCGCCUGAGCCGGCCGGGCUGCCGCUGCAAACACACCAACAGCGUCAUCUGCAAGGCAGCCACGGCAGUGGACAGCAGCAAGACCAACAGACCCGAGAAGCCUUUCUGAUUUCCCUCCCUGCCCACCUCAUUCAUUGCCUCGGCUUGGUCUGUUCCUGACCCACCACAUUGCCAGAGCAGACUGCAGCGGCUCGGUCUUCUGCGUCCUAAAGAGUCCUUGGUUCAUCUCCCCCUCUCCCCCUUCGGAUUCUGGGAAGAGUCAGAUCAGUAACCUUCCUCCUUCCCUUCCCAAACAAGGCACUUUGGGCAAUAUUCAGGGUUUUGGAACUUUUGUGUGGGGAGGGGGGAGAGGAGUGUCGUGUGAUAUGGACUUGAGAUUUUUCAGAAGACAGAACAUAGAUGUGCACACACAUCCGGAAACUGCAGCUGCUUGGAAUGCCUUCCCAGCCCCUUUCUCCCUCCCUUCCUUCCCUCCCUUUGUCCCUCUCUCCACGGAUAGGGGCUGGCUGCCUGGGAGUUUGAAUACCCCAGGAAUCAUUAACUAGGUGGCUUGGGUGCCUCUGUAGAAGAGAAUUGGAUUCUCGAUUUCUCCCCUCUUUCCCAAUGUGUCACCAAUUUCUUGGUGAAGGUGAAGAACUAAACUGCUAUAAUCCACACUCUAAAAAGGAGAGGGGCCAACUAAGUUCAAAGUAGGUGGGGUGGGGAAAAUGCUGGGCGUCUCUCUGUUUUGCUCCCUGCCCCAAGUUACACUAGUAAGGGCGAGUUUUAGACUAACUCCCAAAUACCUUUCUCUCCCCAUCCUUCUCCUUCAUCACUAAUAUUUUGGAGAUGUUCCUACCUAUAGCCACCAAAAUUCAUUCUCUCUUAGUUCUGAUAAGCUGUCACAGAAUUAAUUGCCCACCAAAGGUCUUUUUUUUUUUUUUUUUACCUCCGUCCACAGUUUUUUUUUUUUUUUUUUUUAAAUAAUAUGGGUGGGGCAGGCAAAGGAAGGAGAGGCCAAAUGUCAUUUUUGCCAAUGAGAAUCUGGUUGCCAUAUCCAGUUACUACAUUUUGCUAGAAUACAUAAACUAGAUGGUUAACAGGUUUUUAAGACAGUCAUUUCCUUCUCUGCUAUCCCUCAAGUGCUGCUUUCUAGGUCUGAUUGGGGAAGAGGAGAAGAACGUCCAGAGGAAACACAAUCUCUGCUCUCUGUCCCCAUCCCUAUCUCUGACCUUCCCCCCUUCCCCACACAUAAAAUUUUUAAUUCUGAAGAGAGGCAGUCACUCUCGUUGGCCAAAUGACAUUUGAAGCUUGGUGAGUUUUCUUCCUCUUGCCUGCUGCUGCUGCUCAGCUUCAUAGCUUCUCAUGUACAAUAGUGUGUCUAUAUCUUUGUAAAUAGAGAGAUGACAAAAAAAAAGUCUAUUUUAGUGUUAGCAAGUGCUAGGGGGAGAGCCAGAAAGGCCCUGAUGGGGGAAGUUUUCCCAAGGGGGUUUUGAAAUAGAAUGCUAGUCAAUGGUUAUCCCCCCAAAGAUACAGUGACCCUUUCUCUCGAGGUGCUAGAGGAAGUAGAAUGGGCACAUGUGAAAUGGGUACGUACUUGUUGCAUGCAAAAGCUGAUCUUGUAGCUUUCUUUGGUCCUCCCCCAUUUGUUGUGUUUACUGUCAAGUGGAGAAAGUGUCCUGGGCAAGACCGCCAGGGGCAGAUGGAGCAGGCUCAGCAACUGUUAAGGCUGUGCCAGACAUAGAUAGCAUUCUCCAAGAAAUCUCAUCUGUUCCAUGGAGAAUAAUAAUCCUCUUUUUAGGAGGGAACAAGGGAGGUAGUCUAUAGUCCUGUGUAGGAUACUUUCCAAGGACCUUUUUUUUUUUUUUUUUUUAAGAGUAGUGGUAACAUCUGAUUUAAAAUAAAUUAACUGUAACCAUAGGUAUUUAUUGAUUGGGGGGGAGGAGGGGCUUGUGUUUUAGACUUUCUUAUUUAUAUAAAUAUUUGCUAGCUUGUAAAAGCAGAACACGGAAUUACCACACCUGCAUUUUCCGGUGCUGGUUCAUGUAGCUAUCCUUGCCAUAGACAUAAUAUGAUGGGUAUAUAUAUAUAUAGAUAUAUAUAAAUGUUCUUGCACAAAUCUGAGGGAACAGUAGGAAGGGAAACACAUUUACAGCCAACCACUUAUACCAAUUGAAUGUAUCAGAUGUCACUACUAAAAGAGAUGACCAUAAAGGUUUUCCUGGGGAGAGGAUUAGACAUCCUGUGCCUGCCUAGCAAAAGUCAUCCAUCUGUAUGUGCUAGGCAGUGGAUGGUGCUGGAGGGCCUCAACUUGCCUCCAUGGGAACCUGGACUGAGUGGUGGGCUUGCUACAUUUUGAUGGCCAUUCCCCCUUGCACACCCAUUCUGUGGAGAAUUGAUUGACCCAUGCACACACCAUACCUACACUAAUCCUCUACACAAACACUUUCCUUACAAAGUAGCCUCCAGGACCUUAAUUUCUAGUGUACAUAGUUUGUAAACUCCUGAUUUCUUUGGAUUUCUGGGUUUUUUUUUUCCUUUUGGUUUGGUUUUAGCCCUACUGGGCUAAAUGGCUUCAACUUUUUCCCUUGCCUCCCCACCCCUUAACUUUUCUCUGCCUCUAUUAUUUGUGGCCACUUUACCAGAGUAUAACAGAUGAAAGGCUCAUUUUUUAUUAUUAUUAUUUUUUAAACUCCCGAUCUUCAAACAAUUCCUUAGCCUGUUCCUGCAUGGGGGCUUCCCCAAUUGGAACAACAAGCUUGUUGAGGUUCUUGCCCAUGGAUGUGGGACUCACUAGGGGGACCUGAAAAAGGGCCACUUGAUAAUGAAUUCAGGAGUACUUGUAUUGGCCGAGAUAUUGGGUUGACAAGAAGUCCCCAAUCCCUUCCUUUUAAUGGUACCACUUCCCACUUUUACCUGUUCUUGCUGGGAGCCAUGAGUCAAGGGAUAUGAGGUCAUUCAUAAAGGGUAAAUAUAUCCAUUUAGAAAGUCUAUGGUCUUCCCAGAGCAGGUAAUAAAUCCUAGCCCCCUGAGCUUGGAGGAUAUGUUUUUUUUUUUUUUUUUUUCAAUUGGAGGUGUCCCAAUGAGAGCCACUGGCCCUUGAGGAGUGAAGUAGAUGAAUUCAGGCCAUGAUAGCAACUGUGUUCAGGCCCACCAUUUCUCAAUGAGUAUCCAGCACAUCCCCAUUAAAAUGUGCCACACUGGUUUUUCCCAAGGGUAGACAUAAGAAAUCUGUAUAAGCUUUAUAAAACAUUUUCAUAUCCCUAUUGAUAUUUGAACCUCACAACCUUGUGGAAUAGACACAAAAUCUGAGGCACAGAUGAAGUAGCUUACCUAAGGUUGGUAAGCAGAGAGGGUGUCACCGAAACCCAUGUUCUGGGACUCACUAGGCCUGUAAUGGGUUGGCUAAUAAGGCUCAGAAUGGGGUAGGGUAGGGGUAAGUGAGGGCUAGAGUGACCCUUUUAAUACCAACUUAUAGCAGAGCUCCUCAGAAUGUCUCCAUGGGAAAUUAACUAGCACAACAUUUUAGCCUUGCUAGCCUUUUGGUUCUCUGUCCUUUUGGAAGCAAUUUCACACCCCUUCUGUAAACUGUAAAUCCUGAGUUUCCUUUUUUUUCCCUGUCGGUAACUGUGUGCCUAGGGUGUCUGUUCUCACUGUCCCCAAGUUUGAUUUUGUGUUACAAAAAAGCUGUUCAAGUCUUCCCUCCCCCAUCCAUCCUUACUUUGUUUUUCUCCUUCAUUUCCCCCUUCACCUUCUCACCCUGCAACAAAAAAGUUACCACAGAAGGGUUCCUUUGUAUAGAAUAUUUAUUUUGAAGCUCUAUUUUAAUACUAUUUAUUUUAGAAAGUCUACUAUUGUAAGAGUUCUUCUGUUUGUGAAGAAAAAAACAAGUUUAAAAACUGAAUGUACUGAUCUAGAAAUAUAUAUAAAUAUAUAUUG